AUGCUAAAAGCACCUGCAGAUAAGAGUAGAGGUGGAGCGCUUUCACGUGGAAAAUAUGUCAAAAUAACCGAUGAUGUUGUUGGUUCAAUGUUCGGUGCUGCUAUGGGCUCAGCUGAUUUAAAUAACGAUGGUCUAUCAGAACUAUUGGUUGGUGCACCAGCACAAGAUGACUUGGAAAGAGGAUCUGAAACAGGUGCACUCCAUAUUUAUUUGGGCGGUGAUGUAAGAACUGUCAACGAAGAUAUCAGGCACCGUAUUAUAGUCAGUAGUGAGGACAGAUCAAGGUUCGGAUCGGCUAUAGCAACCAGUGACGUGGAUGGGGACAAUUUUCCAGAAAUUUUUGUGAGUGCCCCCUACGAAGGCAAUGGAAUAGGGGCAGUGUAUAUACUAUCAGGUUUCGAAAUAAAUGAAAUGGUGAUAAGCAAACAUAAACACAAGCACACACCUUUAGCUACACUAAAAAGAACUCAAAAGAUAUCACGUGAAGAGUUUAAAACGUUUGGUUACAGUUUACAAAAUAUUCCUGAUAAGAAUAACAACGGGUGUGAUGAUUUAAAAGCUACUAAUGAAGUGAUUGGUAACGGUGCUCAGAUUGAAGCAUCGCAAAUGAAUAUACAAUGGACAGUGUCAGGUAAUAAACUAGAAGAAAUAAGAUGCAAAGAGGUACUCGUGAAAUUAACAAUAGAAACGUCUUUGCAUUGCUUGAUUUUAUUACAUAAUACAGUUACAGAUUUGUGGCUUACAGAAUUUAAUACCCGUUGGGCAAUGAUAAGUUCCCAGAGUUCCUUGGAAUCCAGUUUAGAAGUAUCUCGACACUGUACCGGGAAAGACUGUGACCCUGACUUGAUUGUGGAUAUAAGUUGGCCCUUGAGCGAGGACUUUUACCAACUUGAUUCCUCAGACUCACUAUCUCCGUUGUUGAAAGUUCGGAAUAGAGGGAACAGUUCAUUUGAAGCAUGCGUAUUAGUACGUGUGAGUGGAGCUCCAGUAUUGCAAAUUGAUUGUGGAGAUUACAUCGAUGGAUACAAGUGUCACAUGCCUAAACCUCUGAAAAGGAACGCUGGGUACGAAAUCCCUAUCACUUUCAAUAUGAGUCAACCGUCGACACAGCAAAAGGAGUUGCGAAUACAAGCCUCUGUCUUUGACUUCUGCAACCAGGCGAAUGCAACCAGCAAAGAGUUUGAAUGGAUUAUGCCGUAUAAAGUCGAUAUUGAUCAAAUACUUGUGAAAAGGUUGAGUUUCAUAAGCCUUUUAUGCCUGUUAUCAGUUGUCAUCACAUUUUGAAGAAAUUGAGUAAUAUUGAAAUUCCAAAAGUACCUUUUACUGAAGAUAAUAUUAAAAUGGUUGCAUCUUAUUUCAGUUUAGGACACAAUCGUACAGUUUCUGAUGUAGAAAUACGAGAUCUUAGAGUUGAAACGAUCAAUGAUGCACACGAAUAUUGGGUAAAUAAAUAUAAUUAUGAAUUUAUAUAUUCGAUAACGAUAAUACUGUUCAGAAUGCGAAAAGACUUGACAUAUUAAAAUAAAACGAAGUUUCUAUGCUGAUAUCCUUCCGAUUCACUAAGUUAAGGAAGAUAAGUUUAAAUUGUUUGCCAUGAAUAAUAUAAGCUUAGAAAUUUACUUUGAACUCUCGUGAAAAACAUAUUAACGUUUUCAUUAUUGAGUAAAUAAAUAAAGUAAUUAUUUUGUAAAUUAUAAAGAAUACUAAAAUGCUAAAAUUGCAAUGAAGAGUGUAAGGUAUAUUUUUGGAGAGGUGAAUCUCUUUUUGUUUGUACAGGUGAUCAACAAGGGCUCUGUGACAUGGAAGAAUAUGACUGUGAUUAUUACAAUAGAUAAGAAACCUUUCAUUCAGUCAUACGAUGUAAGAUAAAAUUUCUCAGUUUAUUACAUAAUGAUAAUAAAAUAUUUUCGAUUUAUGAUUUAAUAAAAUUAGCACAUUAAGGAAUUGGGGACCUAAAAAAAUCCUCGAAGGACGCUAUCAUACUUAGAAAAAAGUGUUUAAUAUCUCUUUUCUUUUAUUUUUUACAUUUGCCUAUAAUUAAAAGAAUGUGUAAUUCCAUUAUUCCGUAGGUGUCGUCGUAUGAUUGCAUAGAGUUCUCCACUUCAAGUAUUAUAAUUUUUAACUGCACCUUAAACUUAAUGCCUCACGCUACUAUCAAGGUGAUUGCGACUAGCCGCAUAUCGAAAUCAAAGAUAAUGGAAAACUUGGAAGACGGAAAGUUGAAAGUGGCCUCAUCUUUAACUUUAUUACUAGAUUAUACUACAUUAUUUAGGAAAAAAAUAAAGUAGGUACAUUAUUUUAACCUAUAAAUUUAUAGUAUAAUAUCUAUUUAAAAGCAAUUUAUAUUCUUUUAUUAGGAUUUUUAACAUUUAAUGUUUUAUUACAUUUAAGUGUUGAUGUUCCAAACACAAUAAAUAUUGUAGUCAAAAAUAUUUUUAUUGUUUUAUCUAUGGUGUUAAUAUUGUUGAAUAGUUUAUCAAAUAGCUUCAUUUGUAUAUAAGUAAAUAUAUAUCAUCUCAUAAAAAAAAUGUAAUUAUUGUAAAUUACAUUAUCCAUUAUCAUCCACAACGUCAAUGUAUUUUAAAUAAAGUUUUGCAAAGAUAAUGAAAUGUUGCGAUCCGUACCACGGUAUACAUACAGAUUUACAGAAGGCUAAUUCUGACCGAAUUCACGCCAUUUAGUGAAGAAAUUCUAUUGAUUCUAUUUUUUGUUUAAAAAACAAAACAAAAUUGAUUGAUUAUAUAUGUCUUAGACAUUCUAUUCCUACGUCAUUUCGAAACUCAC